AUGUCUCAAUCGGAAGAGAUGUUAUCCAUAGAAGGCUCCUCAGUAGACGUGACCGUCUCAAAAGGACGGGGCACCGCUGGCAGCUUUGUUGUUUUAGAAGGAUGUGAUUCCUACGUCUCUGCCACCAUCCGCAUGUCAUCCUCAACUAUUGCUUGUACAUCCUUAAUAACAACGUUCAUCAUCAGAAUCUCUGGUCCAUCUAGAAGCGGGGGACUCUACGGGGCGGGGGAUAUUUACGCCACUCCUGUCCCCAAAGUGCCUUCAGGGAGACUUUGUUCCUCAUUUCCGUGGGAAAAAAAUUCCCCGUCUUUGGAGCCCUAA